GUACAUAAUUCGGAACACAUCGCAAUACUUUUUCCACAAAUUAUGCACCGUACAGUGUAGUGUGUCGUUCGGUUGGAAAAGUUCUUCACGGACUGCGUGCAAUAGUAAAUUGUAGGUUCGCUAAAUUAACAGGGCAUCGUUUCCAACUCCGGCCAAGUACGGGCGAAGGUGUAAACGUCAAUAGCAGAAACAAAAGAGGGCGAAAUACCACGAAAAAAUUCCAUCCCGCAGCGAUCCUUUGUAGGAGUGGGAUUUGUGUGCUUGCGUGUGCGUACAGAGGGUGAAAGUGAACCCUCGGAGUUCCGGGAUACUCUAGACAGAAGUUUCCAUUCUGUUCCAGUGCUGGACAAAGACGUACCGAUAAGUGGAAGAAACAGUACAAUCCACACCCGAAAAUCUUGUCCGGGGGCUGUUAGUUAAUGUACGUGGCGCACUAGGACGGAUCGUUAACGCCGAGCAAUAGCAGCAGCAGGAGCAUCCAGCGUAGUACACAACCGGAACAUCUUUCACGUCAGCAAACAUGAGUCUGUUUGGGACGUCGUCUACACUCAACGCAGAUAUAGAGAAAACUACCAGUGAAAACAAUACGACGGAAAAUUGGGGACUUAUAUUAGACAUCUGUGACCGUGUAAACAAUGGAUCAGCGACACCGAAGGAUUGCCUAAAAUGCAUAAUAAAAAGAUUAAAUUCACUUAAUCCUCAUGUGGUUAUGAAAGCGAUCACGCUUCUCGAUGCAUGCGUUAAUAAUUGUGGCAAACAGUUUCACCUGGAAGUCGCCUCCCGAGAGUUUGAGACGGAGUUCAAGAAGCUGUUGCAGAAAAGUCAACCUAAAGUGACUACGAAGCUAAAGCUGACCCUCAAACGUUGGGCAGAGGAUGUGUUCAAGUCCGAUCCGCAGCUCGAUCUGAUACCUUCGCUGUAUAAAAAGCUGCGCGAAGAGGGGCAUGAUUUUAGCGAUCCAUCCGCAACACCAAAGCGCGAAACGACGCUCAGCAAAGAUCCGAACGUCGUGUCUAGUCAGCAAGAGGAAGAUGACAUUGCGAAAGCGAUCGAACUUUCAUUGAAGGAAGUCAAGAACACGCAAUCGCCGAAAAUGAUGUCAUCGUCAGGAACGACCGCUACGUCUUUGUAUCCUUCCGCUUUGUUAUCCACGGCACCGGUUGUCGAACCGCGAAAGGUGCGCGCGUUGUAUGAUUUCGAAGCGGCCGAAGAUAACGAGCUAACGUUUCAAGCAGGAGAAAUCAUUAUGGUUCUGGAUGAUUCCGAUCCAAACUGGUGGAAGGGACAGAACCAACGCGGCGAGGGUCUUUUCCCAUCCAACUUUGUUACGGCAGAUCUGUCCGUGGAGCCGGAAUCCCUUUCUGCGGCAACUGGAGUAAAGGGUACGAAAAAGAGUGUGCAAUUUUCGGACGAGCAAAAGCUGGACGGAGAUAAGGAUGGACAGCAGAAGCAGCUACAGUCGGUGACGGUUGAAAUUAAUGAAGAAAAGAUUGAUCGUUUGCUGCAUCUGAUACACGAAGCCGACCCGGAAGAUCCUUCCCAGGACACGGAGGAAAUGUUGCAGCUCGAGCAGCUUGUCAACCAAAUGGGGCCGAUGAUUGAUGCGGAGUUGGAGCGGGUCGAUCGUAAGCAUGCCCAGUUAACGCAGCUCAGCAGCGAUCUGGUGGAUGCGAUUAAUCUGUACCACAAUCUGAUGCGCGAACCGGACCGUUCGGCGAUGAUGUCGAUGGGAGGUGCUGCGGGUGGCUAUGGUGCGCCCGGUGCAUAUGUGGGCGGACCAAUGAAUCCAAUGUACGGUAUGCCGGCCAUGUACCAGAGCCUACCGGGCGUGGGUAUGUAUCCCAUGGCACCGGGAGGACCACCAUCGAUGCCGGGAUACAACAUGGCCCAUCUUCGGCACGAUAUGUCGCAGAUGAAUGUUGGCACGAUGCAACAGUUUCCCACGCCACAACAGCAACAGCCAUCACAAACGGCGAUGCACCAUCACCACCAGCCUCAUCCGGCACAGGGUGGAUCUAUGCAGACAGUCUCGCAAAAUGGUCCAACCACAAACGGGAUGCUUUCGCAGGUUGCACCGACCACAUCGUUGGCUGGAAUUGGCAGCCAACAAUCAACCACGACGGUUGCUCCACAGACGAUGCCAAAUAUGACCGGAGGGGCGCCGAUGCCCCCGCAGCACGGGGUGAUACCGCAAGGUUUUGCCAAUCCCACGUCGCCCCCUCCAGUCGGUAUGGCCGGUCCUUCGUCGCACCAUCAACUGCAGCAAGCGCCAACAAACCCAAACCAGCAUCCGCUUCCCCAAAUGCGACCAACUGGCCAGCCUCCUGUCAGCUAUUCCAGCUACGUUCCUCAGCAACCGCAACAGCAAACCCAACCGGCAGUGUCUCAAACCGUACAGCAAAAUGCCGCACCGCAAGGAAUGCAACCGGGUGUUGGUGCGGUGCCCGUUACGGGCGGACCACCCUCAACGUCCACCCAGCCGGUCCAACCGAACCUGAACCAUCACCAUCAUCCAACCCAACAUUUACCGAUGAAUAUGCAGCCGAGUCAUUUUCCACCCGCUUCUGGUGCACUGCCAGCCCAUCAACAACAGCAACAGCAGCAGUUCAUGCCUCAGAUGGGCCCGCCGAUGGGAAAUUUCGCUCCCAUGGGUGGUCCAAUGAAUAUGUUCCCUCCCGGUGGACCCGGUGGUGUCGGUGGACCUUUGUCGAUCAACACAAACCAUACGGGACCCCAAAACAUUCCCAUUUAUCAGCAGCAGCGGUAAGCAGGAAUAGGAAAUUGGUAAAUGGGAGCGGGUCCGUCCCGAUCACCCAAAAACCGAAACAAACAUUUUGACCAACAGCCGCAGUUUUUGGAUUGAAUUUCGAUUCGGUUCGGUUCGGUACGGAACCGGAUACUCGGGGGAGCGGAAUUGGUUCAAUGAAUAUGAAUGGGUGUAUUGGUAUGGUAGCCUAGCGGUUUAAAAGGUAUGCUUUUUAACUCAACUUUUCUAGCCAUAAAUGAGCGUAAGAAAAAAUUAGCGUUCUGUUGUCUGUAACAUUUUUUGUUGACUGUCGCAUCGUAUCGUAGAAUGAAGAACGCUUGAUAAAGAAGAUAAAUUAUACAUUGUUUUGUUUCGACGAUUGUUCGGUAAAGGCUGUACGAAAAUAAUAUACCCUCACGCAAAAAGGAAGUCCCUAGCCUUACUUUAUACUGGGCUGAUUUUAGCUGGCAAAGCAUGCCCGGUUAAUAAUUGGAUCAGAUUGUGCAACUCCAUUGGCUGGCAAUAAUAAUUAUAAUAAUAAAUUACUAAAUGCAUUACGUUUUUGAAACAGCAUAGAAGAAUUGCCGCUGGAUACGAUUCCGGCAGUGUGAUUACCGAAGGAAUGAACAAAACAAAUGGAGCAGUAAUGAAGGCUAGAUUUAUGAAGGCAUGUGUAAGGGUUUAUUUUUGAACAUUCGCAGAAUCUACAAAAGAAUAGGAUUUAGCGUAAAAAGUGAAUAUAUAGGAUAUGUAUUUAUAUGCGCAAUAUCAUGUAGAGGUCGGCCGGUCGUUCGGUAGUUAGUGCGGCCCGAGUUGGGUUGGGUGUUUGUUAUCCUUGGUAAAAACGGAGCGUCGCGCUGCUCCGGUGGUAGCAGGAAGCGAAGUGGACGUAUGGUAAAAGAUGAACCCGGUUGGAAUGCUGUAUAAUAGUUGAGCUACGUACAUACAUACACACCCUACAUUGAAAAAUAAAUAUACUAAAUUAAUAACAGUUUCAUGGAAUCUGGUUGUGUGUUUCGUUGGAAAAUGAUGGAACUAUGACUGUUUUGUUUGAUGUUCCAGGGU